ACUUCAUGAAAGGUUCCAUGGCUCUAAGUUUAUCGAGGCGAUGUGAAUCAUACCUCAAGUAGUAGCUGUAGAUAUCGGAAAAUGCCGCAACCCGUGUUCAUAUUGUCAAGGUCAACGGGCGUAGGUAGGUCCACAGCUGUAUCGACUAGUUUCAUAUUAGACAACUCCUACAAAAAUGGUUCCUUGGUGAGACCCGUGGCUAUUCUUAUAAUAUAGCUGCGUACCAAGACGAGAAGGUGUUGCAGAUUGUCAGCUUCCCGAUACAGAGCUGUACCUUGCAGCCCUACCUGUCAAUAUGCCUGCCUACCCCUGAUAUCUACCAAGCCUCAUCCUUCGUUUGAGGUUAUGCAAGGUACCCCCCCCAUCUAAACACGAGAUCUAGUAUCUUAACGAGAGUAUGCCCGAGGUUUUCCAUGACGGAUACUUCUCUACUGUAAUUGCUUUUUUACGUACUGCGAAAGGAAUGAAUAUCAACUUUUGAACCUGAUAUGGAGAGGAAGAAUUUCAAAUCAAGUGCGUGAUUCAUAAGUGUCAUGCCAUGUCUGCCCCUCAAUGUCCAGAGAGAAUCCUCAUAACCAAGCAAGAAGACAUCCGAGAUGACGCCCUCGCGCCGUGCACGCAGGACCAAGGGUUCAACCAGCUCACCAUCAAAACGGACGCCGACAGCCUAGGCUUCACCAACUUCACAGGCGGCUUCAACAUCAGCGUAUCAUCAAGUCCAGGGUUGCAAGUACUAAGCUUCCCAGAUCUCGAGGCGCUACAGAACCUGCGCGUCUCCGACGUGUCCUCGCUCACGCAGGUAUCUUUGCCUGAGCUUCGCGCCAACGCCAAGACGCUGGUGUACCCCGUCACAUACACCUUCACACCAAGCAUAACUAUUUCCAAUGCGCUGCAGUUCGGCGGACUGAGUCUGCCGUCGUUGACUGAGCUCGGGGAUUUAGUGAUCCGCCACGUGCCGCGCCGGCAGACGACAUCGGGGGGUCUGAGCGACAUCACAUCAGCGAACUCGAUCACUUCCGACAACGUCAUCUCGUUCCCAGGGCUAAAGUCCGUAGGCACGUUGCGGCUGACGGGGUACGAGGACUGUGGGUAUUUCCUCCCGAACCUGUCCGACGUGGGCGACUUCACCUUCACCAACGCGCUGGGCAGCAAAUUGGAAACAGCAGCGUUAGCAAUAGACGGGUCCUUCACGCUCGACACAUCGUCGUACCCGCGCGCCAAAAACGAAUCGACUUUCGAUAUUCCUCCGCCGAACCUUGAUUCAGUAGAUACAAACGCCAUCGACGUGAGGAAUAUCACCUCAAUAGGUGUCAACGCGACAAUACAUUCGAAUGCGAACGCGCGGAUAGAUCUUGCCGGGCUGACGACUGUGGGCGGGGCGUUCUCCAUAACGAACAACACGAACUGCAGCAUCGAUCUGACGAAGUUGUCACAGACAGGGGCCCUGUCCAUCAUAGACAAUGUAGACAGCGCCAUUCCUCGACUCUUCAACCUUGAGAGGGCGGAUAGCAUCCAUCUGCGCGGCAACAUAGAUACCUCCUCGGGCCCCAACAUCCUCCCCUCCCUAACCUUCGUCUCCGGCACCGUGACAAUCGAGCCCUGGAACACAGACUUCAACUGCUCGCGUCUGAUAUCGCAGCAACAGCAAGGCCUAAUCAACAACCUCCACUGCAACGGCACCACCUCCACAAGCACCACAAGCUCUCCGCCGUCCCAAUCAUCAUCGUCAUCACCGCCACGCGGUGGCGGCGGUGGUCUAUCGACAGCGGCAUCAGCCGGGAUCGGCGUCGGCGUCUCCCUGGCGGUGAUAGGCGGGCUAGGCAUAUGGUUAUUCAUCUAUUUCCGCCGGCGCUUCGCGGCUCUCGAGGCCCAUCGCCCGCCACCCUCCCCUCCGCAAUCAUCGUUUUCUCCGGCCCGGGGUCAUGAGGACGCGGCAGGGUGGCCUUUACCUAACGACAGCGGCGGCAGUCCGCGACCGAGGAGAGUGACAGGGGGAGAAUCCAUUCAGGAAGCCAACACGAGUCUAAUUCUAGAGAAAGACGGCCCUUACAUCCAGACUUCGCAGGAGUUGUACGUUCCGGUCUUACCCGCUGAGAUGCCCGUCACUCACGUGUCGCACGAGAUGUACGUGCCGCCGGCGGAGCUCCCGGCUGGUGACCCGCGGUCACGAGGGAGGAAACAUCUCGCCGGCGCUCCUAUGCUGACUAAAUAAUCAUGGCUCCUACUGUCAUGUUUAUCAAAGCA